CGAAACGUGUUCCUCUACGUUCCCAACCUGAUCGGCUACGCGCGCGUCGCGCUGACGAUCGCGUCGCUCCUCACCGCCUUCUCGCGCGUCGAGUUCUCGCUCGCGGCGUACUUUCUGUCCUUCGUGUGCGACGAGCUCGACGGGCGGUUCGCGCGGAUGUUCGAUCAGUGCAGCGAGUACGGCGCGACGCUGGACAUGGUGACCGAUCGUCUGAGCACGACGGGGCUGCUCAUGGUCGUCGCCGCGGAGGUCCCGACGCUCUUUUACCCGUGCGUCGGUCUCGUGAUGCUGGACAUCGCGUCGCAUUGGGUGCACGUCCACGCGUCGUCGUUGAGGCCGGGGGGGAAGAAGUCGCACAAAGACGUCGCGGACUCGCGGUAUUUCCUGCUGAGGUUGUAUUACAGCAACCGCGCGUUCAUGGGCGUGUGUUGCGUGUCGUGCGAGGUUUUCCUGGGCGCGUUCGACACCGUCGCGAAACAGCUGUGCGUCGCGGCGCUUCCCGGAUUCGCGAUGAAACAAUUCGCGAACUGGUGCCAGCUCAUGGGGAGCUCCCGCGCGCUCGCG